UAUCUGUCGCACGGAUGGCUGUGCGGAUUGAGCCCUUUCAUAGAGCUCCCAUUGUCCCCCGCACUGCAUUCUGGGGCUCCGUGUGACACCUGCCGCCCCGUUCAGGUAAACGGGAGGCGGUGAAUGCGCGCCGCAUCCGAGCCGCUCAGGUCGGAUUUCUGCACUUUUUUUUUUCAAAGGAAGCUACAGCGGGGGUUUCCUCUCUGCCUCCCUCUCUCUCUCUCUCUCUCUCUGCCUCCCUCCCUCUCUUCAUCUCUUCAUCGUUUCUAUGCCUAAGGUAUUGUUGCAUAUCGCCUUGGAGCUGAACGGGACAGUGCUAUGAGGACUCUCCCUGAAAGCAAGACUUGUGAAGUGUACUGCGUCUCCGGGCAUGGACGUUCAAGCUGCGCCGCUGCACAGGGAGAGGGGGAGCUGAAGGAGCCCACCCAGUCACUGAGCCCCCCCACGAAGCAGGAGGAGAAGGUGGAGGGGGGGCGAGCUCCAGCAUGUGGCUCGUGGAGGAGAUGGAUGCUAGGACUCCUGCCUUUCUUUCCCUUCACUGCUGCCAUUGCACUCACCCUCCACUUCUUAACAUCCCCGCCAUCUUCAGUGUUCUUCCUCGGUGGCAGUGUGGAGUUCCCAAACUUGAGCUUCACCUCGGAGCUGGUUGACUCCUCCUCCCCUCAGUUCCGCCUGCAGGCUCAGGCUUUGAACCAUUAUUUCUCAGAGCUCUACGAGUCCUCACCAUGGAGCUCUUACUACCUGCACUCAGGGAUUUCUGCCUUCAGUGAAGGAACAGAGGGGCUCAACGUCUUCUACUGGAGUAAAUUCUCUGCUCCAGACGAUGUGGCCUUAGAGAUCAGGGGGUCCAGCCCAGAGAGGCUGCAGCGCAGGCUUCCAGGCAGCAACAAGGUGCUGCGGGACAGCCGCUAUGAGCAGCGCUAUUACAUGGAGCGAGAUGAUGACAUGCUCCACCUGCUGGGUUUGGAUCCUGAUGACUUUGAAUGUGAAGAAAAAUCAGACAAGAGUAAAAACCCAAACAGCAUCCAGAGUGGGAAGUGGCAGCUUGGUUUCCAAGCCAUGUCCUUUGACCUCUAUGCCAAGUAUGGCAACAACCGCACCCUGAGCCUUGUGAGUCCAAAGAAGCCGUACUACCAGUGGCGCCUCCGCGUGCCGUCAGGUCAUGUGGUUCGACUGGUCGUCCUCACCCUGCAUGGUGCCACUCCAGGAAGCUGCACCACACACAAGCUAUCAGCCUAUGACUUCUUACUGCCUUUACAGAACAAGAUCAUUGCCAGGUGGUGUGGGCUGCCUGUUUCAGGAUCGUCUCCUGUCAUGAAGCUGACUUCCUCUGGGAACGUGAUGCUGGUCACUUUUUCCUUCAGCAGACAGAGGGAUGGUGCCAUCUUCAAAGCCUACUUCCAAGCCAUCCCAAAAGCAGGUUGUGGAGGGUCAAUAUCCUCCUGGAAUGGCUCCAUCUCCUCCCCCUACUAUCCUGCUUACUACCCUCCUAACGUGGACUGUACCUGGACAUUAAGGGCGCCGUUACCUGGAUACCUGAUCUCACUGACGAUCGUGACAAUGGACAUUCAGGACUCGUCAUCAGAUGGCUGUGAGAAAGACUGGCUGGAUAUCGGAGGGAUCAAGCUGUGUAAUCCAAUGUCAGACAGCAGCAAGAAGAGAGUCUACUCCUCUCCUGUCUCCAUCCACUUCCACUCGGAUGAAUCUCUCACUCACAAAGGAUUUUACCUGCUCUACCGAGCCUUUUCUCCAGAGGGCACCUGUCCUCGUCAGUUUCGCUGUGGUGACGGGCGCUGCAUUCCUCUGAGGAAAGUGUGUGACGGAUCAAAAGACUGCUCAGACGGACGGGAUGAGGCUCGAUGCUCAGCCUCCUGCAGGCCAGGUGAGGUGUUGUGUGGGAAUGGACAGUGUAAGCCUCACAGCAGCCUGUGUGUGAGCCAGAGCACCUGCCAAGACAGCAGCGAGGAGGGACCGUGUGGAGGUAAAUGUUACCACGUGUGUCCCAACAAGGUCUGUCUGUCCAAAUCAUCCGUGUGUGAUGGUGUUAUUGACUGCAAAGACCGCAGCGAUGAAUUCAACUGUACCAGAGCGUACUUCAAAGGCUGCUCCUUAUCCUCGUUCAAAUGUGCCAAUGGAAAGUGUGUCAGUAAGGUGAACCCUGAGUGCGAUGGAGUUAAAGACUGUUAUGAUGGCUCAGAUGAACUGCGCUGUGGCUGUGGCACCAGGCCCAGAAAGCGUGCCAAGAUAGUGGGCGGCUCUGAUUCAGGGCCAGGGUCUUGGCCGUGGCAGGUCAGCCUCCAGAUGGAUCGCUAUGGACACGUCUGUGGAGCUACACUGGUCGCCAGCCGCUGGCUCAUCUCUGCAGCUCACUGCUUCCAGGACUCGGACGCCAUAAAAUACUCAGACGCUCGGGCGUGGCGGGCCUACAUGGGGAUGCGUGUGAUGACUACAGGGAACAACGGAGCGGCAACGAGACCAAUCCGCCGCAUACUCAUCCACCCGCAGUACGACCAGUUCACCUCUGAUUACGACAUCGCCCUCCUCGAGCUCAGUGCUCCGGUCUUCUUCAAUGACUUGGUGCAACCUGUGUGUGUCCCUGCACCCACACACACCUUCACAACGGGGACCAGCUGCUACGUCACAGGCUGGGGCGUCCUGAUGGAGGACGGUGAACUGGCUUCUCGCUUACAAGAGGCUUCAGUGAAGAUCAUCAACAGGAACACGUGCAACAAGCUGUACGAUGACGCUGUCACUCCCAGAAUGCUGUGCGCUGGGAAUCUGCAGGGAGGGGUGGAUGCCUGCCAAGGGGACUCAGGAGGUCCGUUGGUGUGUCUGGAGCGAGGCAGACGGUGGUUCCUGGCGGGGAUUGUAAGCUGGGGUGAAGGCUGCGCGAGGCUGAAUCGUCCUGGCGUCUAUACACAGGUAGUUAAAUUCACAGACUGGAUCCAUCAGCAGACUAAAGGACAGGUGUGACAGAAAUCCAGACUGACACGAACAAAGUGACAGACUUGAGGUGCAGGACGAAGGCGACAGAUCUGGAGUCGAUCUUCAGACUGUUGCUAUGAUUGCGUGACAACAAAUUCAUCCAUUUCUGGGAGUAUAUCAUUGACACCAACGUGGUCCACCUACCUAACCCGACAACUGCCUUCAGAUCUUCAAACAUCUGCUGAGGCUGUGCUGACAGGCACAGAGAGUCUGCACUGAACAGCUGUGUUAAAUGAACCUGGUUUUGUCUCACUACAUAGACAUGUGGUUUAAACAAAGAUAAGUUAGUUAUUAAAAAAAAGGCCCUUUAGCUUUUGAUUGUGCUCUCUGCACAGAUGUCAUGAUUUUCAUGUUUCAGAAUUAUAUAGUGGUGAGUGUUUCUUACAGAUAUAAGCAUCCAAAUGUAUCAAAGUGUAUGAAGUUUCAGAUCAGCAUUACUUUGAGAUAAAUAAUGAUUAAAAAAACACAACUUUAUUACUUCUGCAGAAAAAAUGUGAUCUAUGCCCUGAGCAACUCGAACAACUUUAUUAAUCCCUCUAGGGGCAGUUUGUUUGGAGCAGCUUGUACAAAAAUAAUAACAUAAAUACAAACAGACAGAUGGACAACAAUGAACCAAGUACACUAUGGGUAUCAGCAGACUGAUAAGAUAGGUAGAAUAAAAAUCAAUAAAGGAUCAGUACAAUAAAAAAAAAGAGUCAGUCUGGUAAAAAUGAUUAAACAUUUAUAAUUAACUUAAGGAGCAUUUUACAAUCUAAUUUCAGAGGGAAUAAACGAUUUAGAACAGCUGUUCGUUUGAAAAACAGGCAAAAAAAAAACAAGUUCUGAAGACUACAAAGAAAAUUCACCCGUGAUCUGCUAUUAAAAAAAACCUACAGCAGAACAACAUAUUUGACCAAUCAGACUGUGCUCAGCAAGGUGUGCAAUAAAUGUUUAUGUAUCAAUCAAAACAUAUAUGCAUACAAUUAAACCAAUAUGUCAGACAUUUGCUAGAAUCAUCAUGUUGUGUAUACAUCCCUACUUUUUUGUGUCCUUUUGUGAAAGUCAUUUUUAGACAUAUAAAAGUUGUUCAUGAUAACAUCCCAUCAAACUACACAACCUGCUUGAAAACCUCCUCAGCAAAUACAAACUCAAGACAGUGUGCAUGUAAAAGUAGACGAUCACUUCCUGUUCGACUGAAUGUCUGCCCUCCAUCCUGUCCCUGUCAAAGCUACAUGCCUCCUGAAAGUGACCGCGUCAGGUGCUGACAGCAGCAAUCGCAUCAGUUAUUUUCUCCCCACACAAGCAUAGAGCCUUAAAUGUGUCCUUGUACUGUAUAUGUGUGUCCAUGGCUCACUGUGUAACUGUUAUUGUACUGUAUGUGUAUGUUUGUGCAUUUGUAUAUCAUGAGUUUAUCUGAGUCAUAGCCUUAUGUUGAGUAUAUUCUGUUAUAUAGAAAGUAAAUAAUCCCUCCAUAUGAGGUAAUAAUAUAUUUUUCAUUUCAGUUGUAUCCUGAUUUAAUUUAUCUCUGGUGUCUCUGAAUAAAGCAUCAUCACCGCUCCCCUCACAGCCCUGCAGUGAGGAAGAAAUGAGAUCAUCAAAAACAAUCUUACUGAUCUCUGAAUGCAGACACACCUGCACUUCAAUAUUUCUUCUCCUCUCUGUUCAAAAUCAGUUGACAUCACCACCCUGUGGUCGCCCUGCACCACUGUUUAUUUAAUGUCUGGAAGGAGUGAUGCACUUUACACCCAAAGGACUUUAAUACAUGCAGUUUGCAUCAUUGUUUAUACCACUUUAUAUGCCUUUAUAUUAAAGACACAAUUUCCAAUGCA